CCACGUGCAGAAGCCAUGAGUUCCAAAAAAUUACCCUCGGAACCACGGAGGAUUUUUCCUGCUGCUAAAGCCCCCAGCCAGCAGCCAUCUCGCAUCCUGGUGGUGGAUGUCACCUCCCCUGCCUGGGCCAACACCUGCUCUGUGCUCUCUGAGGCUCUGGAAAAUGUCCUGUGCCUGGCAUGUGGCCUGGCAGGACCCUGCAGAGUGCCCCUGCUCAGCCUCUACGUGGUGCAGUCCCAGCAGGAGUGUCUGCUGCCCUUCACGCGAGUGAAAGAAAACUUUGGCCGAAUUCAAGCCUGCAUUUCGGAGCUCCGCUCGCUGCCGGCCGAAGGUUGCUUCCCACAGGGAGGGAAUGGAGUGGUGCAAGCUGUGCAGGAUGGAUUGCAGCAGUUCAAGCAGUACAGCAGGCACACUGCAGCAGGAGGCUCCACAAACAGCUCUGUUGAGAUCACAGUCUUGACCAGCCAGCCCAGCAGAGAAAUGGUAAAACAGCUGGAAGAGAAGUUACAAGACAUAGAUCUGGUGAGCCUGAGAAGAAUACAGGUCAUUGAGGUUCUGAAGAGAGAUUUCCUGCAGCCUGAGGACGUGGAGCAGUGUGUGCCUGCAGAGGAGCCCAGCAGUGAUAUGGCAAUCCUGGGAAUGGACAUCGAGGUGCAAACUGUAGAGGACAAUGUCAUCAGCCUGGAGAUGCUGUUUAAAACGUGGCUCCAUGACCAUGGCACGGAGAGGGAACAGCUCCACCUCCUCCUUCCCUCGGGAGGUUUUGGCCAUGCUGCUGCACCAAAGAACACCUUAAUGUGCCUGAAGUGUGAUUUGCAGGAGAGGCUGCUGGACCCAGCCUGGCUUUCAGGACCAGCUGAUGGCACUGGGAGAGCAGCAGAUCCCAGUUCUCCCUGGCACGUGGCAGCCUGGCCAUCCACAGCUCUGCACAAACUCCGGGUGCUGAAGGCUCUGAAGUCUGAAGGGGUCUGUGAGUCUGUACUCUAUGGGCUGCCCUUCAUCCUCAAGCCCACAAGCUGCUGGCAGCUGGACUGGGAUGAACUGGAGACAAACCAGCACAGCUUCCAUGCUUUGUGUCACAGUCUGCUGAAAAGGAAGUGGAUGCUCUUGGCCAGGCAUGAGCCCCAGAACACUGGACCAAACUGGAACGUGGUGGUGCAUCCCUAUUACAUCAUCAUCCCCUCUGAUUCUGCCACUCUCCUGGUGAAAGCUGUGGCUAUCAGAGAGCUCCUGCUGCCAUCAGCCUUCCCAGCCCUCCUAGCUGAGCACCCUGAGAGAGUCAGGGGCCCCAUCGAGAGCGCCCUGAACAGCUUGGAAGUGGAAGUUGCUUACAACCCCUUGCACCUGAAGAGCAACCUCUACAAAUACCUGAAGAGUUCCUUGUACAAACCUCCACACCGGCAGCAGCCCCAGCCCCGAGAGCAGCGCCCGGAGCGGCACCAGCCCAGGCAGCCUCAUAGCAGAGCCAAAGCUGCAGUGGCUCCCCUGCUGAUGGCUUCUUCUCCCCUCCAAACGUUCAGACCAGCAGCAGCAGCCAGGAGAGGCUCCUGUGAAGGCUCCCUGCUCCCCAAGGAGUACGAGGAGUUCCUGCAGUGA